AUGACCAGUAGAUCCUCCAGACGAUCAUUGUCGCCGAGGGACACCACUUCUAACGAGGACGAUGACCAACAGCUCUCCAACUUCAAAUGGAUCAUGGUCACCAAUCCACACCAGUCCAAGGACAAGGAGAUGAUGAGAAACGUCCGGAUACAAGUCAUGAAUGACUAUCUCACCAAGGAGCGACGCAAUCCAAACAGUACCGAUGCUCGUGUACGACAUACCUCGCGACGCUCCAGAACCAGUGUAUCGCCUGAGAUGAGGAAGAAGUUGGGUCCGUCCACAACAAGAAGCCAAUCGCCUCGUGCUAGAGACUCGGCAAUCAACUCUUCUCUACCGUCGCCAGAGACAACGUUGAACAUUCCGAUGUAUCAAGAGAUGGAAGCGGAGUCUCUGUAUGACACAGGGCCGACGGCGCUGGCGCCAUACACCUCUCUUAACCCACCACUGGCAGGCAUUGGUGCAAAAUUGGACGUCUUCAAUGCGACUCCAAAGUUUGUUGGAGAAAACAUUGAUGUCACCAUGCUGAAACACAACUGCACCACGUAUUUCGCAAGUCAGGCAAUGUGCAAGAGGUGGGUCCCGAUGCUGUUCGCUGGCCGUGCAGCAUUUCUCAGCACAUUGUGUAUCUCCUCCGCGUACCUUGACAUGAUGAAGAUGGAUUUUAAGUCCCACAGACUGACAGCAAACUCGAUCGAGUCUGUGCGAACACUCACGGUCAGAGAACAGACCGUACAGUUGAUCAGCGAGCGUCUCUCUGACCCAGAGACUUGCUGCAGCGAUGCGAACAUAGUCUCAGUCGUCCACCUAGUCUUUGGCGAGAUGAUUGUCGCUUGUGAUCAAGCAUUACAAUGGCAUCAAGACGGACUACACACGAUGGUGGAAUAUAGGGGAGGCCUAGAGAAGCUGGGCGGCAAUGGUCUCUUGGCUGCCAUGGUCACCAUUCAAACCUUCCAAGUAUCGGUAAUGCGUGAGGGGCGCCCUCGACAACAGUACCUCGACUACGCUCGCUACAUUUCCGAACCCGCGGCACGAGACCGCGUGUCUGCGGUUCCCGAAUCGCCUCUAUACUAUCCCACAGGUCUCCAUCACACCCUCGCUCGGACGCAACGUUGCGAUGAAGAGACAUUGGACUUGAUAAACAUGAUUCGAGAUCUUACACAAGCCGUCAUGGAUCUCGAAGAUGUGUUAGACGCAGACGCCCCCAGUACGACUUUCGGCCCCAAGACUGAGCGCAGAGUAUACACAGAGCUAGAGGUACAAGCAUUGCAGAGGAAAAAGCAGAAAGCCGUAGAUCAAAUCGUGCUACUCGAUGCCCGAGACGACUCUGUGUACGAAGCAAUACGACUAUGCGCUCUACUCUACGCCACAGCCAUCCACUGCAACAUGCCUUUCUCGACAACAGCACACAGUUUUCCGGGUCAGAUUGUGAUACAGAUCAGAGAUCACCUUCUCCGCACCGACCUCUCGAACUGCUGGGACAGUAUGGUGGGGGUACUCUACUGGUGUACCACUAUCACUGGAGCAGCGUGCAACAAUGCCGAUGAUAACGACAUCGAUGUGCUGGCAACCAAGAAAUGGAUGGUGGCACUCGCGAUCAGGAGUUCGAUCUUACUCAUCUUCCAGCAUACCGACGCUAUGGUGAGGAUGUUGAGGACGAUAUUGGUUGUGCAGAAGUCUUUGAGAGCUCAGGAAGAAGAAUCGGAGAUCUAA